AGACAACCACUCCCACGAGGACAGCCACUCCCACUCGCCCAUAGAACUCGGUGAGCCAACCUGGCACUACUGUCACGGCAAGGGGUGCUGCCCACCGCGCAAGGCGUCGGGGUGCACCAGCUGCAAGUCAUCCAAGUGCUGCUCGGGCGCGGACAAGGAGCUUCCAGACAUCAACAAUGCGGUAUCGAUCACGUCUCUGGGGCCGAUGAUCAUGGUUGUCAAGCUGCAGCUCGUAGCCGCCGUCGAUGGUGAUGCAGCUGCAGACUUUGAGAAACAGAAAAAUAAGGUCCAGGAUAUCAUCAAGGAGCUGUUUAAUAAGGACUUUGAUAAUGUCAAAGUCGAAUUGCUGCCCCCGCCCCCGCCCCCGCCGGUACUGGAGGAGAAGAAACUUCCGAUGCCCCCGCCGGAAACGCCGAGGGAGUCGCUGCCGAUCGGGGAAACGCCGCCGCCAUUGGUGGAGACUCCGAAGCCGCCGACGGAGCUGGUGAAACCACCCGCGGAAAGCCCUGACGUUCUCCCAGUGCCACCGGUAGACACACCUAAGGAUACUCUGCCAGAACCUAAGGCUCCUGAAGAGCCAGUGAAGUCGCCUGUGGAGACGCCAAAACCAGCCGAGCCAGAGGUACCGAAAGAUACACCAGCACCACCGAAAACUCCUGAGGAGCCUGUCAAUCCACCCACGGUGCCGGAGGAGCCAGUGAAGCCCCUUGCGGACACACCUGAAGUUCCUUCAUCCCCACCGGGAGAGACUCCUAGGGAUACUCCGGCACCACCUAAAGCUCCUGAAGAGCCAGUGAAGGCCCCUGUGGAGACACCCAAGCCGGAAGUGCCGGAGGUGCCGGAAGUGCCGGAAGUGCCGAAAGAUACUCCGGCAUUACCGAAAGCGCCUGAGGAGCCAGUCGCGCCGCCGCCCAUGGAGGCAGAACCCGUAGUGCCGUCGCAGGACGUAGCGGAGCCUGUUACGCCACCAUCGGAGGAUGAGGAGCCGGUGACGCCGCCUAAGGACGUUGAGCCCGUCGUACUGCCACCCAAGGAAGUUGAGCCGGUGAUCCCACCACCGAAGGAAGAAGAGCCCGUCGUGCCGCCACCGAAAGAGGUCGAGCCAUUGACGCCGCCGCUUAAAGAGGUUGAGCCCGUCCUACCGCCCCCGAAGGACGAAGAGCCGAUCGUGCCGCCUAAGGAGGUUGAGCCUGUCGUGCCGCCGCCUAAAGAAGCGGAUCUAGUUACGCUGCCACCGAAGGAGGCAGAGCCGAUCGCGCCGCUCAAGGAGAUUGAGCCCGUCCUGCCGCCACCGAAGGAAGUCGAGCCGGUCACGCCACUACCGAAGGAUGAGCCAGUGGUGCCGCCACCGAAAGACGUCGAGCUGGUGACACCGCCGCCUGAGGACGAUGAGCCCGUCGUGCCGCCAACAAAAGAAGCCGAUCCAGUCACCCCACCACCGAAGGAGGAAGAGCCUAUCGCGCCGCCUAAGGAAGAUGAGCCCGUCGUGCCGCCACCUAAACAAGCGGACCCAGUCACCCCACCACCGAAAGAAGAUGCGCCGAUCGUGACGCCGAAGGAGGUGGAGCCGGAGGUUCCGAAGGUGGAAGAGCCGGUCACGCCACCACCGAAGGAAGAUGAGUCGAUCGUGCCGCCGCCAAAAGAGGAAGCGCCGGUCACACUGCCUAAGGAGGAUGAGCCCGUCGUGACGCCACCGAAGGAAGAGGAACCGGUGACGCCACCACCGAAGGAAGAUGAGCCCGUUGUGCCGCCACCGAAAGAAGCCGAUACAGUUACCCCACCACCGAAGCAGGAAGAGCCUAUCGCGCCGCCUAAGGAGGUUGAGCCCGUCGUGCCACCGUCGAAAGAAGUCGAGCCAAUCACGCCGCCGCCUAAGGAGGAUGAGCCAGUGGUGCGGCCGCCGAAGGAAGAGGAGCCGAUCGCGCCGCCUAAGGAGGUUCAGCCCAUCGUGACGCCUAAGGAGGUUGAGCCUGUGACGCCUCCUAAAGAAGCGGAUCCAGUCACGCCAGCUCCAAAGGAGGAUGCCCCCGUUGUGCCGCCACCUAAGCAAGCGGAUCUAGUCACGCCACCUCCCAACGAGGUUGAGCCCGUCCUGCCGCCACCUAAACAGGCCGAGCCAAUUGUGCCGCCGAAGGAGGUUGAGCCCGUCGUGCCGCCGCCGAAGGAGGAAGAGCCAGUGGUGCAGCCACCCAAAGAGGUCGAGCCGGUGACGCCGCCGAAGGAGGUUGAGCCCGUCUUGCCGCCACCGAAGGAAGAAGAGCCGGUCGUGCCACCACCGAAAGAAGAGGAGCCGGUCACGCCGCCACCGAAGGAGGAUGAGCCAAAGGUGCCGCCACCGAAGGAAGAGGAGCCGGCGACGCCACCACCGAAGGAUGAUGAGCCGCCGCUAGAUGCGCCUGUCGUGCCGCCUCCUAAGGAAGUCGAACCGAUCACGCCGCCUAAGGAGGUUGCGCCCGUCGUGCCGCCGCCGAAGGAAGUCGAGCCGUUAACACCGCCGCCUAAGCAGGAUGAGCCCGUGUUACCGCCACUUAAAGAAGAUGAGCCGGUCACGCCGCCGCCUGAGGCAGAGGAGCCUGUUACGCCACCACCGAAAGAAGAUGAGCCGAUUGCGCCGUCUAAGGAGGUUGAGCCCGCCGUACCGCCACCGAAGGAAGAUGAGCCCGUCGUGCCACCGCCGAAAGAAGUCGAGCCGAUCACGCCGCCGUCUAAGCAAGAUGAGCCAGAGGUGCCGCCACCGAAGGAAGAGGAACCGGCGACGCCACCACCGAAGGAAGAUGAGCCCGUUGUGCCGCCACCGAAAGAUGUCGAGCCGAUCACGCCGCCUCAGGAGGUUGAGCCCGUAGUGCCGCCACAGAAGGAAGAGGAACCGGUGACGCUACCACCGAAGGAAGAUGAGCCCGUUGUGCCGCCACCGAAAGAUGUCAAGCCGAUCACGCCGCCUAAGGAGGUUGAGCCCGUCGUGCCACCGUCGAAAGAAGUCGAGCCAAUCACGCCGCCGCCUAAGCAGGAUGAGCCGGAGGUGCCGCCGCCGAAGGAGGAUGAGCCAGUGGUGCGGCCGCCGAAGGAAGAGGAGCCGGUGACGCCGCCACCGAAGGAUGAUGAGCCGCCGCUAGAUGCGCCUGUCGUGCCGCCUCCUAAGGAAGUCGAGCCGAUCACGCCGCCACCUAAGCAGGAUGAGCCGGAGGUGCGGCCGCCGAAGGAAGAGGAGCCGGUGACGCCACGACCGAAGGAUGAUGAGCCGCCGCUAGAUGCGCCUGUCGUGCCGCCUCCUAAGGAAGUCAAGCCGAUCACGCCGCCGCCUAAGCAGGAUGAGCCGGAGGUGCCGCCGCCGAAGGAAGAGGAGCCGGUCAUGCCACCACCGAAGGAGGAGGAGCACGUCGUGCCGCCACCUAAAGAAGCGGAUCCAGUUCCACCACCACCUAAGGAAGCGGAGCCGGUCGUUCCACCACCCAAGGAAGCUGAUACCGUCCUACCACCACUCAAGGACGAUGUGCGGGAGUUACCGGAGGUAGAUGUGCCGGAGGUACUGAGGGUAGAUGUUCCGGAUGUGCCCAAAUUGGAUGUGCCGGUGCCACCGGCGCCUAAGCACGUUGAGCCAACCAGUCCACCAAAGGUAAAAGAUGCCCCUGUGCUAUCCUCAAGAUAUCGUGCGUUUGCUGACCCGGCUUAGGAUGAGAAGCCUCCUAUCCUGCCGCCGCUCGCCGAGCCUAAGGACCCGGAGGUGGACGAGCCAGUCACGCCACCACCAAAGGACGACGAGCCGGAGAUAUCGAAGGUCGAUGAGCUGGUUACGCCGGCUAAGGAGGUUGAGCCCGCCGUGCCACCACCGAAGGAAGAGGAGCCAGUGACGCCGCCGCAUAAAGAGGAUGCGCCAGAGGUACCCAAGGUGGAUGAGCCCGUCGUGCCGCCACCUAAAGAAGCAGAUCUUGUUGCACUACCACCGAAGGAUGAUGCGCCGGUUGCUCCUCCUAAGGAAGACGAACCAGUCACGCCG